CCGAGCUCAUGAACUCGAUUUAAUUUUGUGUUUCACGAAAAAAAACACUUGGGUCAGGGGUUGAGCGGCCGAGGGACAGCAGGGGAAAGGCAGGAGUGUGCACCCUCGCUGCGCGGCUCCGGGGCCGGGCUGGAGCACGGCUGCGUGUCCCGCCACCCCUCUCCUUCUAGCCCACCCACCGCCGGUCCCGGGCCGCGGCACAGCGGGCCCCUCAGCCGGCCUUGCAUCCCCAUGGCGCCUGUGGCAGGGCGGGCUUGCUGGGCAGCGCCUCCUCCCCUGCCGGCCGCGGUGCGCAGUUGCCCUUCCCCGGAGGCUGGACGACAGGAGGUGAGCAGCUGGUGCGUGGAAGCCAGGCAGACCCGUUUUACAAGCGUGUGCCUACCUGCCAUCUCCUGUGUUGGAUGUAUACUCACGCCAUCUCCCUGGGGAGACAGCUGAGAAGAAGUGAAGCUGAGCACGUCUGGGAUAGGAAAAUCAGUGAGGAGGAACUUAGUCAUAAGAAUUACAAUCGUACAAGGUAACUACCAGCGUUAUCAGGGGCAGCCUCAGACAAGCUGGGAACUGGCAGUAGGCGAGCUCCAGGAAAAGACUACUGCGGGGCAAGAGGAAUGGUGUAAUUCAGUGUACCUGAAAAGCUUGGUGUUAUUGCUCCUGUGACUGGAUUUGUGUUGUAACCACACCCUGAAACUAGAAGACAGACAUCAGAGACCCACGUGCUUGGAAUUGAACAUGGUAGGGGAUGUAAAAAGAUUCACACGCAUGCUGCUGGAAUGCAACAGCAAUGACAAGCUAUGUGUUGUGCGUGAACAUCAGACUGAAGUGAUUGUUGUCCCAGUUCUCCUUGUGGGUUUCUUUGUCAUUGUGCUAACUGUGAUCCUUUGGCUCCACUGUCGAGGACUGCGAGCAAAGCAGAAGCAAUCAUCAUCAUCUGGACACCAAGCACAUGACAACAAUAAGCAGGAAUCCAGCUCAACAGAGAACUGCUAUAUCCAGCUGAGUGAGACCUCUGUGGAGAGCCUGCUAAAUUCUGCUUCCUUGACUCUGAAAGAAUUGGAGAUACCACGAGAGAAACUCUCACUAGGCACCUUGCAGCUGAUAAAACAUGGCCGCUACAGGAGCAUCUACAGAGCUCAAUUGACAACUGGGAAACGCGGGGAGACUAAAACUGUAGUAUUGAAAGCCUUGCAAGAACUGGCUAGUCCCCAGGAAGUAAAGGAUUUCCUAGGAAGGAUUAAAUUCCAUCAAAAUCUUGGCCAUCAUGAGAACCUGGUUGAACUGGUUGGGUGCUGUGUAGACCAGCUUCCACUUUAUAUGAUCAUGGAAGAUGUGUCUCUUGGUGACCUGUUGACAUUUCUAUGGACAUGUCGGAAGGAUGUAAUGACAAUGGAUGGUGUCCCUUAUGACCUCACUGAGAGGCAAGUAUAUGAAGUUGGACAGCAAGUUGCAGCAGCUCUGGCUUACCUUGAACAGAAUAAUUUGUUCCACGGUGACAUUGCUGCCAGGAAUGUCCUCCUUCAUCACAACUUCACUGCUAAGCUCUGUGGUUUGGGUCUUGCCUAUGAAAUUCACACAUACGGUGCCAACUCAGUCACACAGAUUGUGCCAGUCAAGUGGCAGGCUCCAGAGCGGCUCCUGAAGAAACCCCCAAGCAUCAAAGCAGACAUAUGGUCUUUUGGAAUUCUACUGUAUGAAAUGAUUACAUUAGGUGCUCCACCAUAUCCUGAGGUACCACCUUCUGACAUUUUAUCAUACCUGCAGAGACAGAACAUUAUGAAGCAGCCCUCAAGCUGCCGGCAAGCCAUGUACAACAUCAUGAAGUCCUGCUGGCAGUGGAAUGCAACUAACCGGCCUUCUCCAGCAGACCUGAUCCGGUCUCUACAAGCAGCUGUGAAGACCAGCAAUAAUCAUGCAGUGCUGCAGGUGCCUGAGUUCGUGGUGCCUGAACUCUAUGCUAAUGUUGCUGGAGUUGAUGUCCUCAGUCUAGUGAGUGAAUACACUAUACUCUGAAGGACUCUUUCACAUGUUGGUGAAGGGGAAGUCUCUGAGUUUGCCCUUUCUAGACACUUCUCAAGCUCAGAAUGAGGUGUAUGAAUUUGAAGGGAUCCCUCUGUUUUUCAAAUAUGUUAUAUAUAUAUAUAUAUUUCAGAUCUCUCCUCCGUGCCUGAAACUACAAACUAUUAUCAUGAUUAUUAUUAUUAAACCGACCUGUUGAUAUCACUCUGCCAGUGGUGAUUUGGGAGCAAAGUGGGUUUAGGAAGCUGUAGAAAAUGUAACGAGAAACUUGAGUUAAAGGAACGUAUUGAGUUUGCAUGACAAGGUUUUGGUAGCUGGGGGCUACAAGGGUGGUUUCUGUGAAAAGAUGCCAGAAGCUUCCCCCAUGUCCAAUAGAACUAGUUCCAGCUGGCUCGAAGAUGGACCUGCCGCUGGCCAAGGCCAAGCCCAUCAGCAACAUUGGUAGCACCUCUGUGAUAACGUAUUUAAGAAAUGGUGAAAAAUAAUACACAACAGCAGCUAGAAGAAAGGAGUGAGAAUAUGUGAGAGAAACAGCCCUACAGACACCACUGCCAGUGGAGAAGGAAGGGGAAGUGCUGCUCCAGGUGCUGGAGCAGAGAUUCCCCUGCAGCCCGUGGUGCAGACCAUGAUGAAGUGGGUUGUCCCCCUGCAGCCUGUGGAGGUCCACAAUAGUGCAGAGAUCCACCUGCAGCCCAUGGAAGACCCCAUGUUGGAGCAGGUGGAUGUGCCUGAAGGAGGCUAUAGCCAGAGUAGGCUUCAGGCAGGACCCCACAGAGUGAGUAGCCCAUGCUGGAGCAGUCUGUUCCUGAAGGACUGCACCCUGUGGAAGGGACCCACACUGGAGCAGUUAAUGAAGAACUGCAGCCUGUGGGAAGGACCCAUGUUGGAGAAGUUUGUGAAGGACCAUCUCCUGUGGGAGGAGCCCACACUGGAGCAGGAGAAGAGUGGGAGGGGGAAGGAGUGACACAGAGAGUGUGUGAGAAACUGACCACAGCCCCCAUUCCCCCUCCCCAUUCAUUUCUUGCAAGAAGGACAUAGAAAAAGUCGUGAGUAAAGCUGAGUUUGGGAAGAAGGGGGUGUGGAGGAUGGUGUUUUAAGAUUUGGUUUUAUUUCUCAUUAACCUACUCUGAUUUUGAUUGGCAAUAAAUUAAUUUUCCUGAGUCAAGUAUGUUUUACUUGUGAUGGUACUUGCUGAGUGAUCUCUCCCUGUCCUUACCUCAAUGUGAGUCUUUCAUCAUAUUUUCUCUUCCCUGUCCAGUUGAGGAUUUAUAGAGUGGCUUUGGCAGGCACCUGGCAGCUAGUCGGGGUCAACCCACCACAAGGUGGCUUCUGGAAAUGUUUCCCUGUCCUUUAUGUCCCAAGAAACAUCAUCAGUUGGGUAUUCGAAAGAGGAGAUGCCCUGGGGAAUAUGCUAGGGGGCACAGCACUAUAAGAAAAAGUGUACAGAGUAGGUAACACAAAUUGAUGGUUUGGUGUGCAUUCACUAAGGACCUGUUCAACACAGUUGGGUUCUUGUGUUCAGUAACUGUCUGGGUCUUCUCCAGUGCUUUAUACUAUAGCUUCCCACAGGAAAAUGGGUACUAUAUUUUAUCUAUGGAUGCAGAAGUUGUUACAUUAGUAUCAUAUAUCUUCAUGUAGAGUGUAUCUUUCCUGUAGUAGCUGUGCUGUCGAGUACUCCGAUAAUAAAGGUGUAUUAUUCCUUGCUUGUCUCAGGAAAAAGUCCUUACAGACCUAAUUUCCCAGGUAUGGUUCUUAACUCAUCAUUCCUUUGAGCAAAGCAGGUUAUUUGUUCAUGUGCUUCUCUUUGAGUUGUUUGUUGCUGAGUUAUUUUGGUUUUUUGAAGACAUCUGUCCAUAGUUUAUAACUACUGUGAAAACAGUAUGGAAAUGUUAAGAAUACACCAAAUAACAAAAAUUGAUCUACAGUAAAAAUAACGUAUGAUGAGAAUAAGCAUGCAUAGUGACAUUGCUGUAUGAUUAUGGUGAGAAUAUAUGAUAGAUUGUGUUUAUCUCUGUGGUGACAGUUUUGCUAUAUGACUUCUGCAGUGCGGAUCUGGAUAUUGGACAUGACCUCUGACAAUUGUGACCAUAGCAUUUUGUGAAUACUGUGAUGAUAACACAGUUACUUCAAGGUCUCACAUGUAAACACCACAGACAACUUUGGUAAUCACAUGGAGGAGAUGAACUUUUACUCAGUGAGCUGCUGAGUAUGAACUCCAGAUUCAGUUUAAAAUAAUAGUGUGAGACAUUUUAUGUAUGUAGUUUUCUUGUAAGCCAUUUAUAUGCUGUGCAUUGAUCAGUGAAUACAUUUUAAUGCUAGUUCUAAACUUGCUUCCACUAUAUUAGUUAAUGUUAGUUCCACAGACUUGCUUGUCACUGUUCAGUGACAAGGGUUGUUGCACUGGUGAUUUACCUGAGUGCACAUGAUUUGACUGUUCACGUUCUGAGUAGGUUCUGGCUGUGCCAGUGCUAUUGCAGAAAAGUUAGUGGUGCCUAUGCUAAGACUUGCCCUAGGACAGCUGAGGGGUCGAAGUCCCAGUGAAAAUACAUCUGUAUGCCUUCAGUGUCUGCCUGGAAGAGGGGCAUGUCUCUUUAAUUAAAAAAGUGGGAGUUUUGCUAGUUCGAUAUUUAUAUUUUAUAUUAUAAGCUGCACAAAGCUUAUCUGAAAAUAUUUCAUAGUUGAUUUUAAUGAAUAUGCAAACUUGGUAAAAAAUCAGAGUAACUUGAAGCCAUAAACAUUUUUCCUUCAUUUCAAAAGAAACAGAAUCAGUCUGCAAAACAAAUUUUCUCAUUGACUUCUACUAUUUGUGUUUUCUAACUUGACAGUGCCUUAAUUUUUUUUUCUCUCAUUAUUUUGGCAUUUCAAGUAAUGAUCUUGUAAAAAAUAUAAAUGCACAUUAAAGGAAUAGUUUUAC